UAAACCUGCCUUUCAGCAUGGCUGAACAUGGCAUCCCAAAUUCACCAGCGACUGUCGCUCAAAACAUGAAUAUUUGUCCUUUCUGUUCAGCUUUUCUGUACUCGAAUAUGACAAACUGUGGCAGUGCUUCUCUUUGUAAAUAUGUGACUCUGCCAAGGAACCCUGGCCAAGGCCACGUGAUCGGUGGAGAGUUGGAAAGAACCACAGCAUCUGCAAAUUAACUGGACGAGCAGUGUGUGCAGCAUAAACAGCUUUUAUCUCCUGCAUUAGGAGGAGCAGGGAGAAAAGGCAGGGGGUUGAGCCUGUGGUAAUUGUGGAGCAGAUGUGACAUGAGUGUGGGCAAUCUGCGAGACCCUUAACAACUUCAAUACACCCAACUGAUUACAAUGGCUCCUGCUGAGAACAUGAGUGUUCUCUCUGCCGCAGAUCGCUGUCCCAACUGCAGCUCCUCCACCCACCCAGAGGUGGAUGUUACCAAGGUGGUGGUUCUGGGGAUGGUGCUGGUGGUGUUUGCAGUGUUCGGGGUCCUCGGUAACAUCCUAGUCAUCCUGUCAGUGUUGUUCCACCACCACUGGCGCUCUGUGACACAUUACUUCAUUGCCAACCUGGCAGCAGCAGACCUUUUGCUCAGCUCCGCCGUCCUGCCCUUCUCUGCCACCUCCGAGGCUCUGGGCAGAUGGGUGUUCGGCCGCUCCUUCUGCAGCGUCUGGGCCGCUCUGGACGUGCUCUGCUGCACUGCCUCAAUCCUCAGCUUGUGUGUGAUCUCUAUCGACCGCUACCUUGCUGUCAGCUACCCUCUGCGUUACCCUUCUAUAGCUACGGGACGGCGAGGCCUGACCGCCGUGGCUGCUCUCUGGGGACUCUCGGCAGCCAUAUCUGUGGGCCCUCUGUUUGGCUGGAAGGAGCCCGACCCGGAGGAUGAGACGGUGUGCCGAAUCACAGAGGAGCCCGGCUACGCCUUGUUCUCAGCAUUAGGAUCUUUCUACAUACCUCUGGCCAUCAUCCUGGCCAUGUACUGCCGUGUGUAUACCGUGGUGAAGAGGGAGACAAAUAACAUCAGGAGGGGCAGUAAGGGGGAAGGGGUUGAGACUGAGGGGGUGGUGCUGAGGAUACACAGAGGAAACGCUGCUCAGACGGGGAAGCAGGAGGAUGACGAGGGGAGCGAGAGGCAUAAACGCUCCACCUUUUCCCUGCAGCGGCUACUGAAGCUCUCCAAAGAAGAGAAGGCAGCCAAGACUCUUGGCAUUGUUGUCGGGUGCUUCGUUCUCUGCUGGCUCCCUUUCUUCCUGGUCUUACCCAUCGGAUCCAUCUUCCCAUCCUGUAAGCCCCCUGAAAUCAUCUUUAAAAUAACCUUCUGGCUGGGUUACCUCAACAGUUGCAUUAACCCCGUUAUCUACCCGUGCUUCAGUCGGGAGUUCAAGAAGGCCUUCCACAACGUGCUCCGCGGUCGCUGCCUGAGAACUGCCAAAGCUCAAGGACACACCACCACCUAUCUCUCCAGUUCAGUCCCCACAUCUAAUUCCUCUUAUCCCUCAGCCCAAGACAGUGCCACUGUUUCCUCAUGGUGUUGCUGCAGGGCCCUGACAGCGUCCUCGCCAUCUGUCGGCAAUCCCGAUCAGGCUCAAAGUGCACAAAUCCAGAGUAAGACUCUGCUGAAGGUGUGGUGUUUCUCAGCAAGUCGAACUCCAGUGCCGCAGAAUUCCUCCACUCACGGGUCAGCUAAGGUCUUGCGUCUUUCUCUUGGGGUUAAAGGAGAGGCUGUUUGAUUGGUGUGUUGAGGCAAUGUAGGAACUGUGAGCAUCCAAUCUUGUACAAUGGUUUUGCCUCGGAGGAAACACUUACAGUAUGUAAAACUUUCCUCAGAUAUAUUCCUCAGAGGCAUCAGAGUGCAUGGCCAGCUGAAAGUGACAUUUCUACAGAGGGUAAGGUUGAAUUAAGAGUUCAUGUCUAUUUCAAUACCUUGAGAGUUGAGUGUAAUAUUUUGUAUACACUCAAGAACCACUAUUGAGCUGCUAACAAACCGGACACUCAUCGUAAAAAUGUUCAAGAGAAGCUUCUCAGCACGUGGAAGACUGAAGUAUGAAUUUACACGAGAGAAAAAAAACAUAUCUAAACCUCUUUCGUGAAAAAAUACAAGCCAUUCUUUGCAAGUAAGGACAUAAGGUUAGCAUGGAUAACCAUCUGUGUUUAGCCAAGAAUGAAAGAGAUAAUAGCAUCUCAUUGAAAAGAGAUUAUAAAAGAACUCCAGAGACGACGCUUCUUUAUAUACUAGUGGUGUUUCUGCAGAUUGCACAAAAUCCCUCAAGGCAGAGAUUCUCAUAUGUAAAUUGAAAGUGGAAUCACAUUGUGUAAGAGCGUGUGUAUUAUAUGUGCUUUAUAAGGGACUAAACACGGAAAUUUUUCACAGAGAAAUGACGGUAAAACCUUACACUCCUUCAUUGUACCUCUGACGGCUUAAAUGCUCAUUCUUUGUUUUUGUUGUGGCUGUGUCAGAGAUGUUAAUGUUUGACAUCAUUGCUUGUGCUGGUGUUACAUACAUGAAAUGGUGUCAGAUGCUUUUCUCUUAGUCUUGGUGAUAGACUAUUGAUGUGUCUUCCCCAUGCAAACACUGGAAAAUGAAAUCAUUCACUGGCUGUUUAAAACUGAUGCAUGAAGAAUUCAACCAGCAACUGUCUGAGGUCCCUGUUCUUCUGUAACUUGAAUAUGUGUGUUGUCGUUAAAGCUGCAUUUGCGGAUUUGUGGCCACUAGGAGGCAGAAUAACUCACCGUCUUGACAUAUUAUCAUCCUAUAACGCUGUUAUUAUUCAGCAGAGCAACAUUACCAUCCCAUUUUGAGUCAUGUUUCUGUCCACUUCAAGAAUAUUAGUCCAACAAUCAAUCUACUUUUAGCUCUUGAUGGAUUUGGACCAACUCCUGUGGGAAAUAUCUGGCUCUUUAGCCAGAUUAUCCGCUUUCUUCACAAGCCUGUCUCUUAAUCUGCCAUUUGGUGCUGGGCAGGUAGUCAGUUUAUCUGUACCAUGAAACCAAAACAAUGAACUGCAAGAGGCCAAAAACUGUGUGGGUGCACUAUUUUCAUGCUCUUACUCCACUCAAAUGCAAUAUGAAACAUAACUGGCAGAAGUGUGUGGGAGCAUGUAGUAUUUAUUAUUAUUAUCAUUAUUAUUAUUUUUAAAAAGUGCAUUCAUUUGGAAGCAUUUUACAGUCAUCUGUCUGUAUGAGAAUAAUAACAUGAAAGUGUAAUUUACUGAUCAUUGGUUAAAUUAUUGACGAACUGGUGGACAGCCUCCCUGCUGCAAUGUUUGUGCUGAGGAAAGUCAUCAUUAUCCAUCAUUAGACUUGCACCCGUACACAGAGCUGUACAGGCACAGGUCUUGAUGGACUGUUAAUUAAAACAUUACUUAUUUUAGUGCGGCUGCACAUGAAUUUCUAUUUGUUGCUUUACUUACUGUGGGGUGGGUUGUUGGUAUUCAAUUCACAAAAUCCCGGUAUAAUUACUUUUGUGAUGUGCAGGAGUUGGCCCGAAUAUAAAAGGUGACAUCAUGAAAGGAAUAUUCAUUUUGAAGAAACUAAACUGCUGUUUCCUCUGGGUAAAGACAUGCAGGCCAGGUUAAUUGGCGACUCUAAGGUUAAUUGGUGACUCUAAAUUGCCCGUAGGUGUGAAUGUGAUUGUGAAUGUUUUUUUGUCAGCCCUGUGAUAGACUGGUGACCUGUCAGGAUGUUCCCUGAGACCCUAAAAAGAUAAGUGGUCUAUCUAAUGAAUGAAUGAAUAAACUGCUGUAAUAGAAGCUAUAAAAAAUAUAUUACUACAGCCUUUAAAAAGGGUGAAAGAUUAUUAUAACAUUGGCCAACUGAGAAUUUGCUUUCAGCAAAGGGUACAAGUAGACCCUCAUCAACAUUGGCCAGGAGAUUCAACAAAUAACAUCUGUCUGACCAGUCACCACAAAAACUCAAAGCUUUGCAAAGGGUAGAUUUCAUUACAGGUUGAUUGCAUUUGAUUGCAUUAUAUCCUAUUUAUGUCUAUGGUGUGCCAACCCACUCUUUGUCUUUAUUGAAAUGAGCUGGUUUCAUUAAUUAUCCGUAUCACACAGAAUUCAUAGAAAUACAUGAUUCACCCUGUGUAAAGAUAAUGUGUGUGUGAGUGUUUCAUUUAAAAAUCAUGACAUGAGCAUUGUUUAAUAGCCUUAAAAAACAUGUUUCAAGUGUCUUAUCUUUCUUAAAAAGUUGUCACACGCCUCUUCUUAGCUCUUAAUCCUUUGCUUUUCCCUGUUAUGAACAGAGUUGUUUUUCUUUGCUGGGCUUGGAUUAAAGGCAUUUUUUCUACCCCACAGACUUCAUAACAGUGAUGAAUACCUGCGAAGGCUUAUCUGUGAAAUGCAGGAUGUUGAAACAUUUCUAGAAGAAAUAUAAUUUGUCAUUUCACAGUCACCUAAGGUUAGGGUGCAAGUAAGAAGUUUCCAUCAUUCUGCAUUGCUUUUUGGGAUUUGUACAGUGGCAUUAUAACUGCUCAAGAGGAUAAUGUCUCUGUCUAAACUCUUGUAAACUCUGUAAGCUCCAACACUUUACAUUUAUGUAGCAGCUAAACUGUCUCAGAUAACUAAUAACACGCAGCUCUCAUUUCUGCAGAUUAUGCAGCCGAGGACUCAAUCUUACGCUGCAUUAGGCAACAAGAGGCAGAAGGAGAUAUGCUGACAUUUCAUUAGAGAGGCAUGACUGGAUCCAAAAAAUAUAUAUAUUAGCAUAUACUAUGACAUUUCACGCCAGGACAAAUGUAUCUAAAGUUUAUAUAUUCAUUUAAAUCUUCAUAAUGUCUGUGAGUAAACAUAGAACAUUUAUUUUCAUCUCC